AUGGCUUCUCCUUCCGCUGGAUCAAGCCAGCUCCAGAAUUCCGGUUCGGAAGAAGACUUGCGAGGUGUGAUCGACCAGAAGAAGCUGAAGCGGAUGAUAUCGAACCGCGAAUCCGCGAGACGAUCGAGGAUGCGCAAGCAGAAUCACUUGGACAAGCUGAUGGCACAGGCGAACCAGCUGAGGGAGGAGAACACCCGGAUCCUGGCAACCUUCAACAUCACCAAGCAGCACUACGCUGCGGUGGAGGCCGAGAACUGUGUCUUGAGGGCUCAGGCGAUGGAGCUCGGCAGCAGGCUACGGUCUCUUGAUGAGAUCCUCCACUUCAUCAACAUCAGUCGCCAUGUCGUUUUGCACGACGACCACCAAAUGAUGGACGGUUCCAUCGGUCCGUGGAGCUUCUCGUGCAUGAAUCAGCCCAUCACGGCCGCAGCAGACGACAUGUUCUAUUAUUGA